UCUUUUAUCCUUCGUAAAAACGAAAAAGAAAAUGGAAGAUAAUGAAGAUAAAGAUAAUAGAAAUAGCAAUAAUAUUAAUCAACCGAUUCAGUCACCUAUUGAGUCAACUAAUAAACAAUAUCAAAUAGUAAGUUCCACUAUCGUUGCUUCAACAUUUGCGCAUCGACUUCACGAGGACAGAAAUAAGAACAAAAAAUACACGGACAACAAAUAUCGAAAAGGAAAUAAUAAUAAUCGCUAUAAUCAUUAUAACAAUCAUUUACAACAUAAUCCUUCACUAAAUUGUCUACAGAAACAACAUUAUCAUCAAGAUAACAAAAAAAGAUUAUUAUAUCAAGAUUCUUUACAACAAAAAACAGAACUUAUUUUUAGACCGGAUACACCUUUUAAUUUAAUCGAUUUUGUUGGAGGAGUAGAUUAUACUCCUACAAAUGAUGAUGGAGUAAUAUUUAAUCGUGUCGUAAAAUUUUUUAGAGAUUUAACUACAAAUAUUGAACAAGAAAAAAAAAUAUUGGAUUUCAGUUUUUAUCUUCAAGAAGACCAAGAUCAAAGAUUUUAUGUUAUAAUAAUUCCAUCAGACCCUACACGACACUCACCCUAUAAAACAUUAAACUGUUUAUCAUGUGAUUCAAAUUCAGAAACAAACAGAAUUUCAAGAUUACCAUACCCGACAACAACAAGAGAAGAGGUUUCUGUUCAUCAUAAUUUAUGGAUAGAUGCAAAAGCAAGACCAAUGUUUAUUAUUACGCCAAAACGUCACAUAGAACGUUUAUCUGAAUGUAAUGAUCAAGAAAUCUUUUCAAUGUUUUUAUUAGCCAUGCAAACUAUUGAACAAGAAACUCGACUUUCAAAUGCUAAGUGGAAAAAUGUUAGAUUUCUUAGAAUGACUUUAAAUCAUGGUAACGCAAGAAAUAUUGAACAUCUUCAUUUAAAAAUUAGAAUAAGUCAUAAGGAUCUUAAACAUUUUAAAAAUUAUUGGGAUGAAGAAAAAAAGAAUAAUUUUAAAAUUUUAGAAAGUGGUUUAUAUAAAAGAGAUGAAAGAUUAACUAAAAUUUCUUAAGCAUUAAUAACUUAAAGAAUGAUUAUAGAGAAUCUUAGAAUCUUAGAAUCUUAACAAAUUGUAUAUUAUUAUCAUUGAACAAGUCAUUAACUAUAAAUCGUAUAUUUAUCACUUAUACAUUAAAGCGUUUAAAUUUUUAUGAAAAUUAUUUGUCUGCUUUCUUCAAUGCGUUUUUAUAAGCUCCUAUGAGUGCUGCUAAUUGGAUAGUACUAUUUCCACCUGUAUUAAGAUUAUGU